AUGGUCGGGCGAGCGGCGGCGCCAAAGCGGAGGGCCGGCAAUGGGCGGACGAAGAUCGCCAUCCGGCGGAUCGAGAAGAAGGGCGCCCGACAGGUAUGCUUCGCCAAGCGCCGGCAGGGCCUGUUUAACAAGGCCAACGAGCUGGCGGUGAUGUGCGGCGCCCAGGUGGCCGCCAUCACCUUCUCGGACGGCGGAAAGGCCUUCUCCUUUGGGCACCCCUCCGCCGAGGCCGUCGUCGACCGCUUCCUGGCGGGGGGAGGCGCGUUGGUCCAGGGCGCCGCCGCCGACGACGACGAGCUGAAGAAGCUGCACCAGCUGCACGGCGAGCUGCGCACGCGGUUGAAGGAGGUGAAGGCGCGGAAAGGGCGCGUGGUGGAGGCCAUGGCAAAGGAGCGCGCCGCGGGGGAUCAAUUUGCGGUGUGGCUCGACCCCGAGUUGGGCGACAUUGGGGAGGAGGAGCUGAUGGCCUUCGCCGCCGAGCUGAUGGUGGCGCGGGCCGCCGUCUCGGACCGCGCAUACCAGGUGCUCUUGGAGGCGCAGAACGUCAGCCGCAUGCUGCAGGCGCCCCCGCCGCCACAGCAGCAGCUCUUCGGUUGUAGCACCUUUGAGUUUGGUGGCAGCAGCAGUGGCAACGCCGGGAUGGGGAUGCAACAGAUGCAGAUGGUGAUGCCUUCGACGCAGGGGUUCGCCGUCGGGAUGCAUAUGCACCAGAUGUCAAUGGCAAUGCCUCCGCCGCCGGGCUUGGCCUACGGGGUGGAUUUGCAGCAGAUGCAUAUGUCGGUUCCUCCAUCGCCCGUUUUUGGCGCCGGGACGGAGAUGCAGCGGAUGAUUAUGGCGAUGCAGCCGCAACCAGUGUUCGCCGCCGACACGGAGAUGCAGCAGGCGGCUAUGGCGAUGCCGCCGCCGCCGGAGUUUCCUGUUGGGAUGGCGAUGCCUCCGCCGCCGGGGGUCGCCGCCGGGAUGAAGAUGGUGCAGCAGGGCCCGGGAUGAACAUGGGCUUCCCCUACUGAGGAGAAGAAGACAAGAUCCAUACCAAGUCUGAGUCUGUGAGAGUCAGACUCUAUGACACCGAUCUCUUAGUUCGUUAUCAAUCUAUUUAUAUUAU